UAUAAUCCUAUUGGACAUUAGACGUCGUAUGUCGGAUGUUGUACGCUAUGUGAAAUAUGAAUCCUACAUAAGGAACAGCCAAAAGUGAGAAUACAUGCAUGUGCCAUUAAUUCAAGAACCAGAAGACGUGCACGUAUACUUGAAGAAGACGAAAGGUUACAAACGUAUAGUGUAUCUGAAAGGAAUCGAAAAAGAAAAAAAAAAUAGAUUCUUGGACACGCGUCGAAAUCUGAGGCUUCAAAAUCUUGAAAAAAAAAAGAAGUCAGAUCUGAUUGUCAAAUCAGAUUGACAAAUCGUCGCCGAGUAUGGCCUUGUUGCGACGAGUCAAGCCAGCAUACAGACUCUUCGACGAAGGUGUUAUCUUUCUGCUUCGAGGUAACGCUGUUCCAUCUUUCAGAACAUUUAACUCUUCGACGGUAUUCGCGAGACAACAACAACAGCAACAACAAUCAGAGAGCAAUAACGAAGUAAAGGAGAAUAAUAACGACAGCAGGCUUGGCGGUGACAAGAGACCGUCUAUUGACGAGGAGACGAUCAGGAGGCUCGAGAGGUUGGCGCUGGUCGGCUUCGAAUUCAAGCAGAGCAAGCGAGUGCUGGAGGAAGCGAUAACUUUUGCCGAGCGGCUGCGGACGGCCCACAUUGACGAAACGGUACGUCCGAUGUACAGCACCCUGGAGAACGAUUAUAUUCAUCUGCGAGACGACGUGGUGCGACACGACGUUGAUCGGCGUGAGAUAUUGAGGAACGCCGCGGUGCUAGAAGAGGAAUACUUUGUCGCGCCGCUGAUGACGAGCAAGGAGAAAGAAAGUGAGUCUUAACAAUGAGUCUGGAGG